UCGCGCUCCGGGCUCCGGGCGCGCCGGAGCCGCUCCGCCGCCUCUGCCCGCCCCCCACGCCCCUUGCGCGCCGCGCCCCCACCCCCGGGGGUGCUGGUGGUCAUGGGCUCGCGCCGCGUCCGCCGCCGCCCAUUGAAGGCGCCCGAGCCCCGGGGCGCGGCGGGCAGCGGCCGCUGACGCGGGGCGCCGGCUGCCAACUUCGCGCGCGGAGCUCCCCGGCGGCGCGGGCGGCAUGAAGACGAGCCGCCGCGGCCGAGCGCUCCUGGCCGUGGCCCUGAACCUGCUGGCUCUGCUCUUCGCCACCACCGCCUUCCUCACCACGCACUGGUGCCAGGGCACGCAGCGGGUGCCCAAGCCGGGCUGCGGCCAGGGCGGGCGCGCCAACUGCCCCAACUCGGGCGCCAACGCCACGGCCAACGGCACCGCCGCCCCCGCCGCUGCUGCCGCCGCCGCCGCCGCCGCCGCCGCGGGGAACGGCCCCCCCGGCGGCGCGCUCUACAGCUGGGAGACGGGCGACGACCGCUUCCUCUUCAGGAAUUUCCACACCGGCAUUUGGUACUCGUGUGAGGAGGAGCUCGGCGGGCUUGGUGAAAAAUGUCGCAGCUUCAUUGACUUGGCCCCAGCAUCAGAGAAAGGGGUCCUGUGGCUGUCGGUGGUCUCCGAGGUGCUCUACAUCCUCCUGCUGGUGGUCGGUUUCAGCCUCAUGUGUCUCGAGCUCUUCCACUCCAGCAAUGUCAUCGACGGGCUCAAGCUCAACGCCUUCGCGGCCGUCUUCACGGUGCUCUCAGGCCUCCUGGGAAUGGUAGCUCACAUGAUGUACACGCAAGUAUUCCAGGUCACCGUGAGCCUUGGCCCCGAAGACUGGAGACCUCAUUCCUGGGACUACGGGUGGUCUUUCUGGAUGGAGAAGGGGGAUGGGAACGAGGAAGAGGACCUCCGCUUGGAUUGUCGCCACGAGAGAUACCCCGCCCGACACCAGCCACACACGGGAGACUCCUGGCCCCGCAGUUCUGCACAGGAGGCAUUGGAGCUGAACCGCCAGUGCUGGGUCCUGGGGCACUGGGUGUGACAGUGACCCAGCCGGGCUCCAGUCCUCAGGCCGUCAUGGGCACCAGCCCCCUGCCACCAGACCGCUAGUCUGGCGCUUUCAGAAACCUGGUCUGUGUGCUGCGAACUCAGCCAGCCUGCGUGGAGGACACGUGGCCCGCCCUGCCCCCCACGGCCUGGGUCUCAGGCUGCUGGAAUCGGGGCCUGGGUGGCUCGAGGGAUGUGGCACAGGGCUGCACAGCGUGACUUUGGGAUCGCAGCUGCUAACUCUUGCCCCCACCACAUGCAGAGCCCUGCUGGGACGCUGAGAAAGACACAUGGACGUCGGCCACUGAAACCUGGGAUCCAUGAGCCAGCCGGGAAGUUCAGGAGGCCCCCAGCGUGCAGAGCCCUGUGGGGGAGGGGCAGGGAAUGGGUGGGGCUUCUCGAAGGAGGGGCAGCAGCACUCCAACGCGGGGGGGUCCACACAGCAGGCACACAGCAGGGGCUCAAUAAAUGCUUGUUGAAUCUGU